GAAACAAAGGUAAUCAAUCCAGUUAAUUGUUGUAUUUUAUUUAUAUAAUUUAUCACUUACAGUCCCAGUCUUAUUUAUUUUAACAAGCACAAGAUGUUAACAGAAAUCCAUAGAAUUGUUAUAUUAUCCAUAUUUGUCCACACAUAUAUAUACGCACAAGAUGUUCAGAAUAUUGGAGUCAAUCUUAAUGUAGAAAAUGACCCUUUUGCAAGUCCAGGCGUGGACCCGUUUGGUAAUGUGAAAUCUGGUACUGGUUCAUCCAAAACAAUCAAGACAAGUAAGUCUUCAUCGACAACACAUGUUGCGGCAAGAAAAGAAACCAAUGUGCAAGGAUUAGACAAGGAGCCAGCUGUGGGUGCUGGGGAUUUAAACACUAUAAACGCUGAAGUCAGUUCUAUUGGAGCCAUCACCAGCGAGACAAAAAAUGUCCAAAGUUCAGGGACAACAGUUUCGAAAGAAAACAGACGUACAGAUAUAAACACCGUUAAAACAAGCGACACUGCGUCAUCUAAUUCACGUAGUUCAAGCCGGCGUGUACCAAGAAAAAGGAAUCAAACACAAAAAACAAAAAGCGAUAUUACAACACGUAGAAACAGACAAAGGAAAAACAAAAAUAAAUCUAACCAAGAUGUCUCAAGACAGUCAACCAGUGGAACUGGAACACAGAGCAAUACAGCAACAAACUCUAAAGGACAAACAAUCAGUACUCGAACAUCAAACACAGAUACACGGAAUAUAUUAAGAAAAGAUGGAGCUUUUUCGUCAUCCAUGGAUUUUACGGAUGAGGUUAGAAGAAAUGAACAAAUUGGAAUGGAGUUUGAUGUACCAACAACUGAGAAACCAGUAAGAUACUUCAGACAACUGUUUGCCGAUCAGAGGAUAUGUGAAAUUCAAAACUGUUAUAGCACCGACUGUUAUUUUGAACAUCCUGGUGACUGUCGGAAAUACAUUCGUUGUACGGCUAGUGCUGAGGGAGCUGGCAUGGAGGCUCUAGAAAUGAAUUGUGCUUUUGGAACUUUUUGGUCUAGGAUGAAAAAUACAUGUGAUACUGCAUCAAACGUAGUUUGUCCAAAUGAUCCAUGUAGAGAUAGAACACUAAAGAGUUACCCGUCAGGUUUGAACUGCAGAAGUUACUGGACCUGUGUUAAUGGUCGGUCAGAUGCAGAAUGUUGUCCUGCUAAUGAGGCUUAUGUAAAUGGCGUCUGCCAACCAAGCGAUUCCUGUAAGAUAGAUGAAUCUGAAUGUCCAUACAAAUUGAGAGGUGAUAUGCCAGAAAAGAAGAAGAAAAACAGCUGCCCCUUUGAAAAACACCCAAAAGAUGAAUCAUUAUAUGUUCUGAAAUAUUACGGAACAGUAAUGAACUGUGCCACUGGAACACGGUUUGAUGAAGAUCAAUGUACAUGUGUUCGAGCUCUUUUCAAACGAAUCAGAUGUGUACCAACUACAGACAUAGCCUUUAACGGCAAAAGAGUCAUCAGUGGUCGCAGUUAUAUCGAACCAAGCAACGUAACAUUGACAGAAAGAUCAGGUGGUCGAUUCAACGGGAGAGCAGCUAUCGCUGUUCCGUACUUCAAGUCUAAUCAGAACAUCGAGAGACACUUGGUAGUCCGAAUGAGAUUUUAUCACAAUGGCAAGGAAGGGUAUGAUUCGCAAGUACUGAUCUCUAACUGCAAGACAGUAUCUAGCAACGAACUCUCACCUUCGUUUGCAAUUCUUCUCUCAAAGACAAAAAAUCAAAUCAUUUUCUUUAUUUCGACAAAACAAGGAAGCACAGACAAAUCUGGUGGAACUGCAUCGAUUUCAUUGCCAUACACGCCAGGGAGUUGGACAGUGGUAGAGAUGAAGUUCAUAAACCAACAAUUAAAUGCUACCGUACAAACAUUCCAGGCGGACGGCUCAUCAACACAGGUUAAUGACGUGAAAGAUUUAAAGGGAAGAAUAAAACCAAGUGUUGAGCCAGUGAUGGUAGGCAAUUGUAACAUGAACGACGGAUUUGUUGGCUACAUUGACGAGGUGAAAAUAUAUUUAUGCGACCCUUACGAAGCUUGAUAGUAGCACCUGUUCAUAGUUUCUGACAUCAAUAGUGCUCAACUCAUAUAAACCCAUUGUUUUUACAUGCUGAAUUUAAAAUGACAGCAACUUGAAUUGACUUACUUAUGAUGUAUUGUAAUAUCAGUGACCACUGCCAUAGAAAAUAUUCAAAAUGUAUUGACUAUUAAUAACAAUAGUUGUCAAAUUAACAAAAGAACAAAAAAAGAAGUCCAUAAAGGCAUAUUUUAAUUAACAAUAUACAACGACAUUUGUAUAGUUGAAUGUAUUUAUUUUUUAAAUAAUAAAAGUAUUUAUUUACUA